UUAUUUAUUUAUUUAUUUAUUUUUUAUUUUUUUUGAGAGAUAUUUAUUUAUUUAUUCUUCUAAUUUUAAAUAAACUCCAGCAAUAAUUUCGCUGCGAGAGUGACGAAAGUGUAGACAUUUGCAGAGCAGAUGGGUUGGACACGCAUAGGAAUGGCGUAUCGCCGCUGCUACGUCAGCUCUCUCUCUCCUGGCAUCUCCGCCUACACUCGACCGCGCUCCAUUUCUGCUGCCACAUUUUCUCGUCAGAUGAGUUCGGAAACACAGAGUAUUGCUGCUCGUCUAAAUAGUUCGGGGUUUAUCCGAAGUCAGGGUCUUAUAGGAGGGAAAUGGAUUGAUGCACAUGACGGGAAGACUAUUGAGGUUCGCAAUCCUGCUACAGGUGAUCUUAUAACAAACGUUGCGUGCAUGGGUGGAAAGGAGACAAAUGAUGCAAUUGCUUCUGCACAUGAGGCAUUUAUUUCUUGGAGCAAGGUAACUGCUGCUGAAAGGAGCAAGUGUUUAAGAAAAUGGUAUGAUUUGUUGAUGGCCCACAAAGAAGAGCUUGGACAACUUAUGACCUUAGAGCAAGGAAAACCUCUAAAAGAGGCCAUUGGGGAGGUCAGUUAUGGGGCGAGUUUUGUGGAGUUCUAUGCCGAAGAGGCUAAAAGAGUUUAUGGUGAUAUCAUUCCAGCGACAUCACCGGAUCGUCGUUUGUUUGUCUUAAAACAGCCAAUUGGUGUUGUUGGUGCCAUUACACCCUGGAAUUUCCCUUUAGCCAUGAUUACGCGUAAGGUUGCCCCUGCGCUUGCUUGUGGAUGCACUGUUGUUAUAAAACCCGCGGAAUUGACCCCGUUGACUGCAUUAGCAGCAGCUGAGCUUUCAAUUCAAGCUGGGAUACCGCCUGGUGCAAUCAAUGUUGUAAUGGGAAAUGCAUCUGAUAUUGGCGAUGCUUUAAUUGCAAGUCCCCAGGUAAGAAAGAUUACAUUUACAGGCUCAACAGGUGUUGGAAAAAAAUUGAUGGCAGGUGCUGCCGCGACUGUUAAAAAGGUGUCCCUUGAACUUGGUGGAAAUGCACCCUGCAUUAUUUUUGAUGACGCAGAUCUUGACGUGGCUUUGAAAGGAACUCUGGCAACUAAAUUCCGUAACAGUGGACAAACAUGUGUUUGUGCAAAUAGGAUACUUGUGCAGGAAGGGAUAUAUGAAAAGUUUGCAAAUGCCUUUUCAAAUGCUGUUGGGAGUAUGAAAGUUGGUAAUGGCUUCGGUGAAGGUGUGGUACAGGGCCCUUUGAUCAAUGAUAAUGCAGUGCACAAGGUUGAAUCAUUUCUGCAAGAUGCCAUAUCAAAGGGAGCUAAAGUACUGACUGGGGGCAAGAGACAUAGCCUUGGAAUGACUUUUUUCGAACCUACGGUGAUAAGUGGGGUAAAAAGUGACAUGCUGAUAUCAAGGGAGGAAGUAUUUGGACCAGUUGCACCCCUUCUGAAAUUUAAGACAGAGGAAGAAGCUAUCCGCAUUGCCAACGACACUAAUGCAGGCCUCGCUGCAUACAUGUUUACGACAAAUAUCCAACGGUCUUGGCGUGUCUCUGAAGCUCUAGAAUACGGACUAGUUGGAGUUAACGAAGGACUAAUUUCAACCGAGGUGGCUCCAUUUGGAGGCAUAAAACAAUCAGGUCUUGGCCGUGAAGGAUCAAAGUACGGGAUGGAUGACUAUCUCGAAAUAAAGUAUAUAUGCAUGGGAAAUAUGGGCUGAGCUGAAUUAAAGGUUUGAAAUCCUGCUCCCGCCCCUUUUUAAUCGUCGGCUUCCUUCUCAGAAUUUUUGAGAUGUGUAAAGAAAUAAAGAGAACACUUUAAUAAAGAAGGUUGGUAUGGUGUUGCAUGGUCGAUCCGCGGAGCAGAAUUCAAGUUGGAUUAGGCAGAGACAGUCUUGUAUGAUAGAUGAGUAUUGGAAAAGAUACUUGCUCCAUUAGUAUCUAAAUAAGUGCCUAUUUGUACUAUCCCAGGAGACAAUUGCUUUAUGUUUUUAUAGCCUUGUUUUAUCGCAUGAAUUUUGGAAAA